UGAAAACAAAAAUGUCGAAUAUUCUUAACUUGUGCAACUGUUUUGCUCUGUUUUUAUGACCUUUGAUUCUUKAAAUCGUGAGUAAUAAUUUUACUCAGAUAUUGGAGGUUUUCCUUGUAGUAUAAUAUUAUCUAAAGGCUAUUCGACGAGGUCGCUCUGAAGCUGUGUUUUCAUCACACAUCAGCAGUUUUUAUGUUGCACGGUAUUUGUAACUGUUGCAUCAUUUAAUCAAAGCAAAAUACUAGUUACAGUAGCAAUGGAAGCCACUCCAAAGCCUGAAAGGGAUACAAUGUCUUUGCCUCAGGAAAAACAAGCGCUACAAGAAGAACAACACGAAUCAAAUGAUUCGGAAGGAAGGCAUGAAGWGAAGUCUGCAGAAAGUGUACCACUCACUAAAAGUCAAAAGAGGCGAAGAAAAAGAAAGGCUAAAAAGCAAAAUACCCAAAACACAGAGGAGCCAAGUGACGAGAUUCUUGAGGAAGUUGUGGUUGAAAACGACAAAAGCAAACCCAAAUCAGCUGCUGAYAGAGUUUUCAUGAAAAAUAACAAGGUGGAAUUAUCUGCUAGAGUUGAUGGUGAUGAAGUCCAUGCACAUGAAGAGCAAGGCGAGGAGACACCAYGUCGCCAUAAGAAUAGGCGAAGAAGACAAAGAAAAAAGAAAACAGACAUCACUGAUGGCACUACUCCAGAGAAAGAACAACCUUCUUCCCAUAACACAACACCAACAUGCAAACGAUCAACUCCAAGAAACGGUGGCAGUUCUCCCAAAACUCACUCUCCUCAGAGCAAAAAGAAAGGCUAUGAAAAGUAUUGGUCAACAGAGAAUGUAUCCGCUGGUUUGAAACGAGGUGAACUUAAGAAAGGGACAAUCAGAAUACAUAAGAAGAACUAUGAAAUGGCUUGGGUGACUGUUGAUGGKAUGAGAAGAGAUAUUGUCAURGARGGUAUGCURGCWAGAAACCGAGCYCUGGAGGGAGAUGUUGUUGCUUUGCUAGUAACUCCCAGGGAAAAAUGGAGGSUUAUGAAAGAAGAAUAUGAAGAAUAUCAAUCAAAGCAAGCUGAAAAGAAGGACAAMGUUGAUGGUUUAGCUGAGUCUUUYCAUGAYACACACCUCAACUCAUCUCAAGGUGCAGCAACUUCWGCUGAAAAGUCACCACAGAGAAURCAAAAAGCUAAUGUACCUGAUGAAUUCCUUCAACAAACAGCAGUUGUUGUUUACAUUAUUGAGAAGAAGCAUUCCCGUGCUGCUGGGGGUCACUUGAAACCAUUCAAUGCAAAGAACAAAGCUGCUGCUGAUGCUUUAUUUACCCCAACUGAUAGCCGGUUYCCAAGGUUACGRAUCCCACGUGAUGAUUGCCCACCAGGUUUCUUUGAAAGACCACAAGAUUUUGCUAAUUCUCUCUUUGUAGCAAGAAUAACUGAAUGGCCAGAAAGCUCUUCACUUGACAAUUUUCUUGCAACAGGGAAGGUUAUGAGAAGCCUUGGGGAGGCUGGUGAAAUCAUSCCAGAGACGGAAGCUAUCUUCACAGAAUAUGAGAUUGACUCUGGCCCAUUUCCUGAGGAAGCUCUAGCAUGCUUACCCCAAACACCUUGGGUAAUCCCUGAAGAAGAGCUUGCUAAGAGAAGAGACUUCAGAGAUGAAUGUGUUUUUACCAUAGAUCCACUUACAGCAAGAGAUCUUGAUGAUGCUCUUCACUGCAAGAGGUUACCAGAUGGUAACAUUGAAGUUGGUGUUCACAUUGCUGAUGUGAGUUACUUUGUACGACAAAAAACAGCUUUGGAUGAAGUGGCACAAGCCCGAGCCACAUCAACYUACAUGGUGCAGACUGUUGUCCCCAUGCUUCCAAGGCUUUUGUGUGAAGAACUCUGCAGCUUGAACCCAGAUGAAGACCGACUCACCAUGUCUGUAGUAUGGACCAUGAAUGACAASGGAGAGAUCCUGAGUGACUGGAAGGGACGCAGUGUCAUCCGAUCACGUGUCAAGUUAGCCUAUGAGCAUGCACAUGACAUGAUCCAGAAACCUAACAAGAAAUGGGAGAAGGGUGAGCUGCCACCCAUUUCUCAAGGAACUGAUGCAUCGGAAAUUGCAUCCAAGGUUAUGAUGRUGCAUAAGAUUGCUGUUCAGUUGAGGCGCAAUCGAUUUGAUAAUGGUGCCCUUAGACUUGAUCAGGCCAAGCUCCAAUUUGAUCUUGACCAAGACACAGGAAUGCCRGAGGGAUAUCAUGUCCACCAACAAAGAGAUAGCAACAAGAUGAUUGAAGAAUUCAUGCUACUGGCCAACAUGGCAGUAGCACAUCARAUCUACACUGCCUUCCCAAAGAUUUCCCUGUUGAGGCGUCACCCUAGACCCAACCAAAGACAACUAGAUGAACUUGCUAAACUGUGCACCAAUCAUGGAAUUCCCUUCAACAUCCAGUCAUCUAAAGCUAUCCAGCAAUCUCUCAAUAAGUUUCCGCUUGGUUCUGCCAAGAGGGAGAUUCUUGURCUGUARACUAUGAAACCAAUGAAGAAUGCAGUGUACUUUAGUUCUGGAUCAGUGGAAGAGGAYCACUUUUUGCACUAUGCCUUGAGUGUUCCAUUUUACACUCACUUCACAUCACCAAUAAGACGAUAUCCUGAUAUCAUUGUUCAUCGACUGCUUGCAGCAAGUCUWGACCUUGAUGAMAAAGUUGAUGAACAGACUUAUGACAUGGACUACAUCUCACAGCACUGCAAUGAUCGUAAAAGUGCAGCCAAGCAUGCAGGAGAGCUCAGCAUAGAUCUUUUCUUUGCKAUAUUUGUUCGUGAGUGUGGGCCUUUGGAGGAAGAUGGGCUUGUGUCAGCAGUUAUGGAUCAGUCAUUUGAUGUGUUUGUUCCAGCCCUUGGUGUAACUAAACGAAUCUACUGCAAGUUUUGUUCAAGUCUGAAACGAUUUCAGCACAUCAAAGARAAAGAGACAAAUCAAGCAAGCUUGAAGUUAACGUGGCUAGCUGAAAAAGGACCUGACAUUGAGCAGGACCUUGCCAUCUUCACUAAAGUUCGUGUUACCUUAACAACAGAGAACCAAAUGGCAGAAAAAGAUGAGAAAAAUAAGCGAGUAAAGGUUUAUGGACAACUAGUACCACCUKCAGGAGCAGCUAGACCAAAACCAAAAACAACAUCCUCCCCUCCUAAAGAUGAAGUUAAAAAAGCUUUGUUUCAAGAUGUUCCUAACAAUGACAACAACACUGGCAACAGUGAUGAUGAUGUUAUCGUAGAAGAAGAAAUACUAAUUACCUAAAGUAGCCAAUUGCAAAAUUUGAACAAUUUUAUUACUUUCUGAAUGACUUAUUGUUUAAAUUUUUACAGCAAUUAUUAUCAGACUUUUACCUAUAUUUUUCGUGGAGUUUUUAUAUGGAUACUGAUAUCCAACUUUAGAUAUUAGUUUUUGUUUUUACAAGUAUACAACAACAUUAAAUUACAGCACAUUAACAAUUAAAUAACAGCAAAUAAUGAAUACAAUAAUUCUAUAUAAAAUGAUAAUCUUAGYUAUAAACAAGACAAUGUUAUGAACAUUUUGUCACAUUAAAUCAAUAAUUUAUUAUUCUUGCAAUGAAAGCCACAUACUGUACUUUUUUCACUUUUACUUAGAAUAAAACCAAAACAGUGUCAUAAAAUGUAUUUAGGAUGUAUAGGUCAGUCUGUUUUGUGAAUAAAAACAUAUUUUGAACACAAA